CUACGCCUCUUGGUUUAGGGCGUUGGUUCAACCAGUAACGAUGGUGUUCGAAUAUCGGCAUCAACCUUUCAAAGCGCUCUAUCUUGCCUAUCAAACAAUAACCACAUUACUGUUUCGUUAUCCCUUAUGGGCACUGUACUACCUAUUCAGACGUCCACGUCCUACUUGGACGUUUUCAAGGAGCUUUAAGACGGCACUGAGGCGGCAUGAGGGCAACGUGUUCAACAAGAUAGGCCCGCCGAGCCUUGUAGGCCCAAAUCACAAGGCUAUCGUACAAAACCUCGCAACCCCUGGGAUUUGGAUUGAGCCGAUCCUACCGCCACUACUCCUCGGCGAGAUCAAGACAUACGCCGAGCAAGCAAAUGUGCAGCCGAUACGGAUUCCGGGCUAUUGGCUGCACUCCACCUCUCCGUCGAAGACUGUUCCGGCAUAUUCUCCUCCUACUCCAGGAGAGAAGGUUAUCAUGGCGCUUCACGGUGGCGCGUAUACGAAGCUCUCGGCCGCUCCAGGAGCGGACGGCACUACCAACAUAGUGAAGGGCUUUUUGGAGCACGUACCUUCGGUGAAGCGUACUUUCAGCGUGGAGUAUCGUCUGUCCAUCGGCGAACCUUACAAGCCGGAGAACCCAUUCCCUGCCGUUUUGAUAGACGCACUCGCGGGAUAUGUCUAUCUCACGAAGACGGCAGGGUUUGAUCCCAAAGACAUCAUUAUCGAAGGCGAUUCUGCGGGAGCGAAUCUCGUACUCGCUUUGACGCGUUACCUAGUCCAAUAUGGCGCCGACGGGGCCGCCCUCGGUCUCCCACCUCCACCCUCUGCGAUCAUCCUCCUUUCGCCCUGGGCCGACCUUGGCGGGUCUCACAACGGCCCAGGUACAUCACAUGAACUCAAUGCACACUCUGACUUCCUGGCCAACAAAGGCGAAGAUGGAAUAGGCUAUUCUGCUCGAGCAUUCGUACAGCCAUUCGGGGAGUCAUUCGCUCGCACGAGUCCAUGGAUAUCCCCAGCGUCAUUGCAUAUCAAGGAUGCAUCGUUCGCGGGUUUCCCUCCCACGUUUAUCAACGCUGGAGGUGCGGAGAAGUUGCUGGAUGCGAUCAAGACACUCAAUCUGCGUAUGAGGCAAAGUGGGGUGAAAGUCACCUACGACGAAGCUCCCGACGGUUUCCACGACUACGUCGGAUUCGACUGGUUCGAGCCUGAGCGAACGGAGACGCUGAAGCGUAUCGCGAAGUGGGUUGAGGCAAACUAG